AUGAGUGUGAGGCGUCCAGGUAUCUGUGGACCAGGCCAGUGUUACAACACCAUAGGAAACUACACCUGUAUCUGCCCUGUGGACUAUAUGCAGGUCAAUGGUGGAAACAACUGUAUGGACAUGAGGAAGAGUUUCUGCUACAGGAACUUCUACUCUGACAACGGGACGUGUGACGGAGAGUUGACCUUCAACAUGACCAAGAAGAUGUGCUGCUGCUCCUACAACAUUGGACGGGCCUGGAACAGACCCUGUGAACAGUGUCCUGUACCCAGCACCAAUGAGUUUGCCAUUCUGUGUGGAAGUGAGAGACCAGGAUACUACAUUGAUAUCUACACAGGACAGGUCAUCGACAUUGAUGAGUGCAGGGAAAUCCCAGGAGUGUGUGAGAACGGCGUGUGUAUCAACAUGAUUGGCAGCUUCAGGUGUGAGUGUCCAAUGGGCUUCCUCUACAAUGACAAGCUGCUCAUCUGUGAAGACAUUGAUGAGUGUCAGAAUGGGCCAGUGUGCCAGCAGAAUGCAGGCUGUCUCAACAUGCCUGGUAGCUACCGCUGUGAAUGUAAACCUGGAUACCGCUCACCCCCACUGGACAGUGUCUGG